UGUCGUUGCUUUCCCUGGCUGAUACUAGGUGGCUUUUACUUCAAGCUUGUGGAGUUUAAUUCCUGGUUGAGGUAAUUGCUCGUCACUAUAUGAAAGAAUCUUUUGUGAAAUCAGUAAAAGGAAGAGACAUUCAACUCAAAAAUAGAUUCGCAGUAUGUUCCUCCUCCCAACGUGUACUUCAGUGUGGCACCAACAACAGGAAUUCAAGAGACUAACAUUCGGAAACUUUUUAAAAUGGCUGCAGAAAUUUCUUGGCUUAAGAGUUUACCCAAAAUGUCCUCGUUGAAUUUAGGCGGAAUACAGAAUCGUUCCUGUUGAUGAGGGGAGAUAUAUCCCCCCAGUCUCGCCCAUGGAGGGCGCCGCUAUUCCCCCGCUAUGUCCUGACCCAUUCUGUGGUGAUACGGUGAUACUCCCGUGCUACGAUUCCAAAACAAACAGACCUUGAAUACACGUGAUAGCUCUGCAACAACGGCGUGGUUGAAUGGCAGGAGAAGGAGGCCAGAUGAAAGGCAAAUGAACAAUCCUUAUGUGAUUAUUUUAAAAGUAUAUGGAGGUUUCAGAAGUUCUGAAAAUUAUACCAAAGAAAAGACCUAAACUGGAAAGUGAAAAACCACAAGAGCAGCAGCAUGAGAAACCAUUGUGUAUUUAUGGGUCAGGGUGCUAUAGACGAAGUCCUUCACAUCUUAGAAUUUAUAGACACUUGCUACCAAAGCAGGGGUCUCAACAAAUGAGCCUGCCCCCCUGCAAGAAUGGGGUCAAUUGUUAUGACAGAAACCUUCUUCACUUUGCAUUUUAUUAUCACCCUACAUCCACCAGUGAAAGCCACGAUUCAGAACGGCCAGAGAAUGGAGUUAUUGUGCAACAAGGCAGACCAAAGGCAAAUGAAUCCACACCAAAAACUCAUGAGUGCCUGAAGGAAGAAGAUGAAGUUGAUUGUAUUCCUAGAAAUGAGUCAAUAAUGAAAAGAGGACCAAGUAUAAUGAAAUCAUAUUCUAUUUUGACUGAAGCACAAAGAAAGGAACUUCUGAAAAAAGCAUUUGAGAUGAAACAAGAUCUUAUGAGAAAAUUGAAUGACACUGAAAACGUACUGAAGUCGAAGACAGAGGAGCUAGAAAUGCUGCGGUUAAAGCUUGACAGGAAUUCUUUACUUGUUGAUGGGGAGGCAGAGGCAAUGACUGGGACACAAAUAAGACAUUUUCCUUUGUUUCCACAAAGAAAAUACCAAGAGGAUUCUGCAUCAGAGAUCCAUUUUCGUUUAGCAGAAUCGCAGUUUUAUCGACUUCUUCCACCGGGAAGUGCAUUCAAAGUCACAAAAGUAGAAUACGUCGUGCAACCAACUCUUAUUCAUAGAUUCAAGGAAGCCAGGCAAAAGAUUGUGAAUGUCCGAGGUGAAGACAGCUCUUACCCAGUUCUAGGUUUCCAUGGCACCAAAGAGCAGAACAUUGAGUCGAUUUGCGAGACAGGCUUUAGGGUGCCAGGAGAGAACGGUUUUGAGCAUGCUACUGACCCAGGGUGGUAUGGUAAAGGCGUAUACUUCAGUGAGUACCCAAGGUAUUCCAUGAAUUACAUCAAAGACUCAAGCAAACUGCUACUAUGCCAAGUACUGCCUGGAAAAGUCUAUCGUUGUCGAUACAUCAUACAAGGUGAAUCUCUUCGUCAGGGAUAUGACUCACAUAUGUCUCCUGAUGGAAAGGAGGUUGUUAUAUUCAACUCGCAUCACAUUCUCCCAUCAUAUAUCGUUCACUAUACAUUCUGUCACGGUGAUUUUCAGUACGAGAAGAAUGAGUAGUUA